GGGUCUGUGCUGGAGCAGACGGGCGUGUCUGGCUCAGCAAGACCGGGUACGGGGACCCCGAGCUGGCAGGGAAGGCAGCGGCAGAAGUAGUCUUGGCACAUCAGGUGGCAGCUCCCAAGGUGGGUUCUGUGAUCCAGCCCAUCACAGAGGGAACGGGGCAUCUCGCAAGGGUGGGAUCAGGGGUCUGAGGUUGAAACCCAGCCCCAGGUUGGCAGGGGCAAUGGGGUUGCAGCUGGGCUGGGGGUCUGCACCUUACACCCUCUGCUCCCUGUGACCACCACAUCCCCCCACUGCCAAGAGCAGCAAACACGCCCCAUCACCGUCCCCAGCUGCCUGGCCAUGUCCACACACAGGGCAUAGGAGCGGGGGGUGAUUCUCCCUCUGGAGAGGGCAUUGGGGCAACCUAGCCUGGGGUGGUGCAUUUUUUAAAGGAUGCGGAGGAAGUGGAGACGGCACCACCCAACUGCCAGGACUCCGCAGGGGCUGGAGGAAAGGCUCCCCGGGAGAUGCCCAGAGCUCAGCACCUCCAAGAGAAGAUGGGGGAGGUGAUUUGGUGCCACCAGGCACAAGAACCACCCGCAGUGGGAAGCCAAAGCCAGGCUGAUUCGAGUGGGAAAUUAGCCCGAGUGUUAGCAGGGAGGGGACAACCCCUGGACCCAGCUCCUCACAGCAGUGGGGGAUCAUCCAUCGCCUGGUGUCUCCUGGCUUCCUUAGCGACACACGAGCUCAGCCUCAGCGGGAGAAAGCCUCUGUUCUGUGCCAGAGAGCAGGGAAGUGAGUGGAUGGGCCGAGCUGAUACCUGGCUGGAUGUUCCACCUUCGGAUUAACCCCGGGGACGGUUUGCAACCCAGGAGAUUUGUGUUUUGUUUUGGGUCUUUAGUUAGUGGCAGAGAAGAGCCGGCACCCUCCCCAGCUACAGCAUUUCCUUCCUGCCACCAUUAACAAGGCAUCAUGAGGGCUGGAGAGCGAGGCCAGAUGGCAAGGAAAAGACAAUUUUCCCUGGAGCUGCAGUGAAACCUCUGAUCUGAUUCACAACCUCCAGCUGCAGCCCAGAGGCCCCAGAGCAUCAUGUCGGAGAACAAGGAGUGGGCCACCCUGAGCCCCGAGGAGUUCGCCCACCUGCAGAAGUACAUUGACUACAGCAGCAGGAAGGUCCAGGACGUGCUGCAGGAGUUCUAUGGAGAUGGCACCUUGGUGCAGCACCUGCAGGGAGACUCGAUCGACUUUGAGGGCUUCCAGCUGUUCAUGAGGAGCUACCUGGAGGCCGAGGAGAUCUCAGACGCGCUCUGCCAGCACCUCUUCCUGUCCUUCCAGACCUCGCCCGGGGAGGGCCCUGGGCAGCAGCCGGGCCUCGGGGAGCAACCAGCCAGCGGCCUGGUCUGCGUCAACGACGUCUCCUGCUACUUCUCACUGCUGGAGGGGGGACGCCCCGAGGACAAGCUGGAGUUCACCUUUAAGCUCUACGACAAGGAUGGGAACGGCCUGCUGGACAGCUCGGAGGUGGAUCGGAUCAUCACCCAGAUGAUGCGAGUGGCCGAGUACCUGGACUGGGACGUCACGGAGCUCAAACCUAUCCUGCAGGAGAUGAUGAAGGAGAUCGACUACGAUGAUAGCGGGACGGUGUCGCUGGCCGAGUGGCUGCGAGGGGGGGUCACCACCAUCCCCCUGCUGGUGCUGCUGGGCCUGGAAGUGAACAUGAAGGACGAUGGGCAGCACAUGUGGCGGCUGAAGCACUUUAACCGGCCGGUUUAUUGCAACGUCUGUGAGACCCUCCUGCUCGGGCUGCGCAAGCAGGGCCUGUGCUGCACCUUCUGCAAGUUCACGGCCCACGAGCGCUGCGCCCGCCAGGCGCCCCUCAGCUGCAUCAGCACCUAUGCCAAGUCCCGCAAGGACACCAGCGCUCAGAGCCACGUGUGGGUGAAGGGCGGCUGCGAGGCCAGCAAGUGCGACAAGUGUCAGAAGAAGAUCAAGAGUUUCCAGAGCCUGACGGGGCUUCACUGCGUCUGGUGCCACCUCAAGAUCCAUGAGGAGUGCCAGCCCAGCGUGCCCCCGACCUGCGACUGCGGGGCCCUGCGGGACCACAUCCUGCCCCCUUCAGCCAUCUACCCCGUGGUGCUGGAGAGGCAAAACAGCCAGAAGAACGACGGCGGGACCCCGGUGGAGGAGACGCCACAGCCCUGCACCACGCCCGAGGGCCAGGCACUGCGGAUCAUCCCAGUACCCGACACCCACCCCCUCCUGGUCUUCGUCAACCCCAAGAGCGGCGGGAAACAGGGGGAGAGGGUGCUCCGGAAGCUCCAGUAUCUCCUCAACCCGCGGCAGGUUUACAACCUGAUGAAGGGGGGCCCGGCCCCUGGGCUGAACUUUUUCCGGGACGUGCCAGAUUUCCGGAUCCUGGUGUGCGGGGGGGACGGCACCGUGGGGUGGAUCCUGGACGCCAUCGAUAAAGCCAACCUGCCCCGGCGCCCCCCGGUGGCCGUGCUCCCGCUGGGCACCGGCAACGACCUGGCGCGGUGCCUGCGCUGGGGGGGAGGCUACGACGGGGAGAACCUGGGGAAGAUCCUGAAGGACAUUGAGAGCAGCAGCAUCCUGCCCAUGGACCGGUGGCUGGUGCACGUGACCCCUGAGAACCCCGCGGAGAAGGGGGACCCCGUCCCCUACGAGAUCAUCAACAACUACUUCUCCAUUGGCGUGGACGCCUCCAUCGCUCACCGCUUCCACCUCAUGCGGGAGAAGUACCCCGAGAAAUUCAACAGCAGGAUGAAGAACAAACUCUGGUAUUUUGAAUUUGCCACGUCCGAGACCAUCUUCGCCACCUGCAAAAAGCUGAAGGAAUAUCUGACCAUUGAGUGCUGCGGGCAACCCCUGGACCUGAGUGGAGCCCUCUCGGGGGUCGCCGUCCUCAACAUCCCCAGCAUGCACGGCGGCUCCAACCUCUGGGGCGAGACCAAGAAGCCGCUGGGCGAGGCCCGGAACGCGGGCCGGGGGAGCCAGCCCCAGGCCGUCACCGACCCGGAGACACUCAAGACCUGCGUGCAAGACCUGAGCGACAGGCGGCUGGAAGUGGUGGGGCUGGAGGGCGUGAUCGAGAUGGGGCAGAUCUACACGGGGCUGAAGAGCGCAGGAAAGCGGCUGGCCAAGUGCUCGGAGAUCACGCUGCGGACCCUGAAAUGCCUGCCCAUGCAGAUCGACGGGGAGCCCUGGAUGCAGCCACCCUGCACGGUAAGAAGUCGUAUCGGGGUCCCCCUGUGCUCCCGAGCCAGCCCUGCCUCCCAGCAGUGGGGAUCCGGGGCCCCUGCAGCGUUCCCAGGCCCUGCGAGAGGCCUCAAUAGACCCCCCGCCCCGCUAAUCCAUCGGGGGUGUGAAGGGAGUCGGGGCCGCCAGGGGGCUGCUGGGGGCCAGGGCAGUCGGCUCCAGUGCCCACCCCGGGCAGAGACUGGGCCCGUUUGGAGUGGGUCUGGGGCCCCGGGGGGCUCCUCGCUCGCUGAAGGGCAGGUGUUGGUGCAGUUCGGAGCUAUGGGGCUGGAGUGCUGGCAGCCCACCCGCCCCCCAUAGCCAGGUGCCAGGGGGAGGGCAGGUUCAUUACCAGUGAACCUGAGGGGGGGUGACUGGAGCUGGGGGAAGGGCCCCCCCCCAGC